CAACUUACAGCCGGCUGAGACCCUGACGGGACGCAGGCAUGAACGACGUCAAGCUGGCUCUUCUGGGGAGCCAGGGGGCCGGGAAAUCAGCUGUCCUUGUGAGGUUUUUGACCAGACGAUUCAUCGGUGAAUAUGCCUCCAAUGCCAAUUCUCUCUACCAUAAAAGGCUUUCAAUUGAUGGCAGGCAGCUGAAUUUGGAGAUUUUUGACCCCUGCUCUCAGAGCUCAGAGGCCAGGUGCAUACUGGAGGAGCCGGUGGACUGGGCAGAUGGCUUUGUGGUGGUUUACAACAUCAGCGACUGCACCUCCUUCAUCAACGCCAAAAGCAUCCUGCGGCAAAUCAGGGAGGCACGUGCGGACAACUGCAAAGGGGACACGGAGGUUCCUGUUUGUCUCAUGGGAAACAAGCAGGACUUGUGCCACGUCCGACAGGUGCGCGAGGAGGAAGGCCGCUGCCUGGCUCAGGAGAACCGAUGCCACUUCCAGGAAGUUUCAGCGGCUGAGAGCUACCAGGACAUCGCCAACCUCUUCACGCAGCUCAUCCGCCAGGUGAUGGAGCACCUGAAGUACCGAGCCGACAGACGGCGCUACAGCGGCUCCAAGUCCAUGGCCAAACUCAUCAACAACAUGUUUGGCAAGCGAAGGAAGUCAGUGUGAUGUUCCCAGUGGACGUCAGCGGGGGCGACUGACUUGGUGCAUGUUGUACGAACUCAUGAGAACUGUUGACUGCAAAGAAAGUGACUCCUUGUUCAUGUGGAUGGUUGGUCAUAAGCUGUUUGUCUGUAGACCUUAAGUAAAAAAACAAAACAAAACAAAAAA